AUGAGUACACUGUUCACUCCCCCGGAUUCACCACCAUCCAGCGUCACCCACUCGGAUGGCCCAGCAAAAAGGCUCAAGGAGCAGCUCAGAAAUACCCGAACCGAAGACACCGCAAACCAUCGCUUCUACAUCCCCCGGGAGAUUCAGUAUGACCUUAUCAACAGGGACAUUGUUUCGGAAAUAGCUGCACAAAUCGACCGUCCAAGGGUCCAGCAAAGCACGAUCGAGGAAAUCUGCACCCGUGGGAGAGCCCUGUUUGCAAUCCUGGUCCUGAUCAAGAAGCAGGCAGACAUCCAACCUUUCCUCGAUGAAGGGAUUUUAGACGCCAGUCUUCCUUUGCAAAGAGUCAAUGGCACAAAACACUUCAGUCUACAAACGAAGCAUGGAAGACGAGUGAAAUCUGUCGUCGGAUGGAACAGCGGAUGUCGCGAGAAGUUUGACCGUAUCCAGUGGUGGUUCCUCGCCCCUAUCUUCGAAGACUUGGAGCAUUACGAGCUCGACGAGAACGUCGUGCUACCCACUGUCCCGUUCGAAGACAAAAAUUCCAGCUUGGAUAGUGGGGGGUAUAGCGAAGUAUAUCCAGUCCGGAUCCACCACACGCACCACCGAUGGAGUGCAAUCGCAGACCCAGAGUCUACCGGCCCAGUAGUCGCUAUAAAGCGACUCAUCCAGUCAGAGGAAGAGGAAUUCAAAAGAGAACAGGAAAUUCUCAUACAGUUAACUCCCAAGGGCCACCCUCAUCUGAUCAAACUACUAUCAACCUUCCAGCAAGGUGGAAAAUGGCAUUUGAUGUUCCCCUUUGCUGAUUCGAACCUUCGCGCAUACUGGGAGGUUCACAGCAUGCCUGUGUUCGAUCAAGACACCAUCCAGUGGGUCUUGAAGCAGAUGGUUGGCAUCGCCAGUGCCCUGGCCCGCAUUCACAGUUUUGUCGGCACGUUCCACCGCAAAAUCCCCAGGAAAGUCGAGGUGGCCGACGGCACUAUCAUCCAGGUGCAAGACCAGGAGAAGCUCUAUGGGCGUCACGGUGAUAUCAAACCGGAAAACUUCCUCUGGUUCAAAGAUACCCCCGGUGUUGACGAUCCUAUGGGGGUUAUACAACUGGCUGACUUUGGCCUGGGGCGAUUCCACGGCCGAGAUUCUCGAUCGCGAACGCACGCCAGCACUGUACCUUACUCGCCAACGUACGAGCCCCCCGAGUGUAAGAUUGGACGUUCUGUCUCGCGAGUAUAUGAUAUGUGGAGCCUGGGCUGCGUGUAUCUGGAGUUUGUGACUUGGCUUGUGCUGGGGUUCAAGGAGAUUGAGGGAUUCUCUGAUUACCGCGGUGAAUGGUCCGAGGAGAUGCUGAUCAAUGAUGACAACUUCUACACCAUCACGUCUGAUAAGGAGGCAAUUGUCCGGCCAAAAGUUUGCACUUGGGUCGAGAGGCUACAUUACCACGAACGUUCUUCGCAGGUAAUACACGAUCUUCUCCAUCUAAUCAUGGGGCAUAUGGUCGUUGUUGAGCCGGUGGCACGCAUGAAGUCAAAAGACCUGCAGGAGCAACUGAACAAGCUGCUCUGGAGAGCCACCAAUGAUCGUGACUAUGCUUUGAAACCGGUGGCAUGCUAA